AUGUUGCCGAAAGUUCGUCGUUUUCUUAAUAAUACUAAUAAUAAUUCCUUUAUAAUAAAUAAUAAAUUAACUUCAUCAAUUGAUCGUUUAAGUAAUAAAAGUAGUAGUUCAAAUUCAGCAGAUGAAAACAAUGUUUAUACAGAAACAUUAUUAUAUAUUGUACAUGUUGAUGAAAUUAAAUUAACAACUGAUCAAGAACAUGAUACUAAUGAUAAACAACAAUCAAGUCAACUAAUGAGAAGAAUAUCAAAACGGACAACAGCUAGUUUUAAUGAACGAGAACAAAAUCGAGAAAUUCAAACAUCAACACCACCUUCAUUUAGUUUUUCGAAUCCAUUUCGACGUUUGAAUAAUUUACUUAAAGCAACUGACAAAUCUAUACUAAGUCCAUCAACACCAAACCUCAAUGUAACACCACUAUGUUCGUCAACAGCAAAAAAGUCUUCUACGUUUAAACGAUCUCGUUCACAAAAUCAAAAUAGUAACGAACUAUUUCCUCCACCUCCACCUGAAUUUCUCAAUGAUAACCAAAUAAUCAGUUCAGAAAAACAACCAAAUAUUCGAGCCAGUGGUCCCGGUCUAAAAGAUGGUUUUGUUAAUGAUCUUUGUCAUUUUGAUUUGAACGCACCUGAUGCUGAAUUACAAAAACUUGUUAUUGCUAUUGAUGGUCCAUCCAAAGCUGAUAUUCAAAUUGAAGUUAUUAAUACAGGAAUCUAUCGAGUUUAUUACAAAUGUCGAUCACCUGGUAAAUAUCAUAUAUCAUUGACAUAUAAUGGUGCACAUAUUGAUAGUUCACCGUAUCAUUUAUCAUUACAUACUCAAUCAUCUCAAGAACAGGUUGUACCACCUGCUAAUAUUCCAAUUCGUGCAGUUAUUGAACCUAUAGAAUUUCAUGUUAAUACUCCAUCUAUAGUCAAUGUUCGUCCAGAGACAUCAUGUAAUAUCUUUCAAGCUUAUAUACAAGCACCACAAGGAAAUAUUAAUUUACCAAUAACAGUGCAUAAAUCAGCUAAAUCAGAAUGUUACGAAAUUUUUUUUAUACCAAAUACAUGUGGUAAUUAUUGGCUUAAUAUAAAUCUUAAUCAUAUGCCCAUUAUCGAUAAUCCUUGUCGAUUAACUAUACGACCAUGUUCUUCUAUGAAAUCAAUGGUUAACAGUAAAGAAGAACUAUUUCAUGCGUACACUGGAGAAUUAAGUCAAUUUUUUGUAUCAAAAUCACCAUAUGAUUCGUCAUUGAGUACAGGAAAUUUUUCUGUCGGUAUCAGUGGACCAUCAACUGUUUUUCUUGAUGCUAAUGAAACUGAAUAUGGUUAUGAAUUUCAUUAUAAACCAAUUCGAAGUGGAAAAUAUUUAAUAACAGUGAAAAAUAAUGGAAAACAUAUUCAAGGAAGUCCAUUUAUUUGUCGUGUUUAUGAUAAACAUAAAGAAAAUCAAACAACUAGUUGUGAUACAUUAGGACCUAUUCAAUCGAAAUUAAAUCAUGUUAAUAGUCAUAUCGAUUUUGAUACUCUUCGUUCAUCAAUGACAGGUGAUGCUUCACAAAUUUGUGUGUUUGGUACUGGUCUAUACGAAGCUAAAAAACGACGAAAAGCAUCAUUUAAAAUUGAUGCUAGUCAAGCAGGUCCUGGUAUACUUUUAGUUGGUCUUUAUUCUCCUCUUGGUCCUUGUGAACGUCUUGUUGUCAAACGUAUCAUGCCACAUUCACCUGGUUUUAUCUAUAAAGUAUCUUAUCGAGUACGAACACGUGGUCAAUAUCUAUUAACAAUUCUUUAUGGAGUAAAUAUGGAACAUGUGCCUGGAAGUCCUUAUCUUGUGCUUGUCGAAUAA